AUGUUCAAUCUUUUUUUAGCGGUUUCCCCAGAGAUCUUUAUCAUUAAUGCAACCUUCAUUUUACUCAUUCAUGGAGUUGUUUUUAGUACAUCUAAGAAAUAUGAUUAUCCACCGUUAGUCAGUAAUGUGGGUUGGCUUGGAUUACUUAGUGUUGCGCGCCUAGGAGGGCAGCGCGGUUUGGGAUGCGGAGGAGCUAUUAUCGUCCAGUUCCCUAACCUAAUACGGCACCGGGUUUGGACCGCAGGGAACCAUAGCAUGGGGGGACGUCUAAUCCUUUUGCCGCCGCAAGGCUGGCUAAUCGUACGCAGCAGGCUCGAAGACCCCUGGUUAUGGAAGGCACAUGAGUCCGAACGCUAUGUUGAAUGUGCGACCGACAUUAGACUAUGUAGGUACCUGUGCAGGUGAGGCGUCGGUCGGUCCUAGAAACGGCGGCAGCGUCGCGAGGAAUUAACGGCCGGACGUGCUGCAACCUAGGGAUCACCAGGCAGCUCUUUCGCUCUAUAGGGAUCUGGGGGGCAUAGCACAAUUCUUCUUGGAGGAGGGUUGUUUGCCCGGGUGACUGAUCCUGCCAUAAUUGACUCCUACCUAUAGCACCGGCAACCGAAGUCGAGCAUACAUAGGACGAUCUUCAUGCGUAAAUAGCCGGGAGGAAAGAAAGGGCGGUAGAUGAUAAUGAGAAAGGGCGCAAUGAAUGAGCGAAAGGUGUCAUGCCAUGGAGGAGGGAAUAUCCCGAGUCCCAUGUAAGACAAUUAAAUGCACCUCGAGGUGCUGCCGAGGAACUGAGGGACCUUCUCGAGCACAGGAUAGGUAAUUGAGAGAUAGAGCUAGCCUCUUCGGUAUGGGCAAUCAAGCCUCCGGGCCGAAUCGAGCUUACCCAUGGCACCUGGCUUUCCCCGGCGAGCUUUCUCUCGUAAAGACAAAGAUGCCCCAAGACAAGGUACAACUGUUGGGAAGGGGAUAUGAUCAAUAGAACCCGGCAGGAUCCGGGCCGGGAUAGUGGCGCCCAUUCUUAACCAGCUCCUAAAGUAAAGGGUCCGCGAGUUCACGCAAAUUCGAAGAAGUUAUCACGGACGAGCCACAUGCAGGGAAACUUGCACGUGUGGUUCUGGCCGGGCUUUCCUGAGGUAUCUAAUAACCUUGCUUCUGCUCGCCGCUGGCGCACCUCUCCUAACUAUUGCCCAUUUUUUUUGGAAUAAUUUUUUUAGGAGGGACAAUUUUACAUAUUUCUGCCAAAUCCUUCUAUUAUUAAGUACGGCCGGUACCAUUUCAAUGUGUUUCGAUUUUUUCGAACAAGAGAGGUUUGAUGCUUUUGAAUUCAUUGUAUUAAUUCCACUUUCUACUCGCAGUAUGCUCUUUAUGAUCUCGGCUUAUGAUUCAAUUGCCAUGUAUUUAGCUAUUGAGCUUCAAAGUUUAUGUUUUUAUGUGAUCGCAGCAUCAAAAAGAAAGUCUGAAUUUUCCACGGAAGCCGGCUUGAAAUAUUUGAUUUUAGGUGCAUUUUCCUCUGGAAUCUUAUUGUUUGGGUGUUCCAUGAUCUAUGGGUCUACUGGAGCUACCCACUUCGAUCAAUUAGCCAAGAUUUUGACCGGAUACGAAAUCACUGGUGCUCGAUCUAGUGGUAUUUUUAUGGGGAUUCUAUUUAUCGCUGUAGGAUUCCUAUUCAAGAUCACUGCAGUUCCUUUUCGGGCGGCUGUAGGACGGACGGCCGCCUAUAGGUGGUAGGGUAGGGGGGAGGUGGUACCGCUCAGAUUGCGGCUAAUCUUCCCCUAUAACGCGGGCCGGGCUUAGAGCGCGUGAAACUCAUCACUACCUCGUAAGGGCGUUGAGACCAUAGCAUGUUACACGAAAGCGCCGCUUUCUCUGUAGUGUUGUCACAGAGCUGCCCGCCUAGAAGCGCCGCUUUCUCUGUAGUGUUGUCACACAAGAUAAGCACGCCGCCCGCCUGCUGGCCGGGCGAAUCGAAGUUCUCUUCCGGUCAACUGUCUACCCAGUCAAGUGCAAAAACACAGUAGAAUUACGCAACGCACGCUGCUGGUGUGCUUCCUGCUCGCAAGGAAAGAAAGAAGAGCGACAAAGUCAAGUUCAGAUUGGACUGUUUGCAGCAUGGAAGCAGAUUACCCAAAAAAUCCCUGGGAACAAUGAAAAAAAAAGAUAUCUCGGUAACGAAAACUAUAGGGGGCUGUAUUGGCGAGAUCCAACGGUGAACAGCUGCCCAAAAGAAAUACCGCCUGGAAGUCCGAGGACCUUUAGUACUGUACUCUACCCCCGAACCAGCAGCCUUCGCGCCAAGCAAGACCGCCCUUGUCCCCUUCCUUUCUUCAUUCCGCCCCCUUCUUUGCUUUGUUCCAAUAGAGUCUAAGGCAAAGAAGUUCGUAUACCUACUUUACUUACUGGACGAAAGGGAACGAAGUUUCGUUUCCGGGUUUCUCGAUUGGAUUCAGUCAGCGUCACGACAUAAUCAAAAGGAAGGAGUGAGGCCUUGGUUACCGGCGAACGAAGCUAUGAACGAACAAAGUGAAGCUAUUAGAUAAGGCGACCCUCUCGAGUUUCCUUCUUUAGCAGCCUCAAUUGAAGUAGCCUUUCGUCGCCCUACCAAAGCAAAGGUGCGCUCCGCCCGUUCCGAUCUCCGAUCCGGAAGUUCUCGCGAAGAGAAUAAGAUGCUGCUUCCCCUCCCUCUGCCUUUUCCCGCUUUGCUAAUCUUCCACUAAUAACGCGGGCCGGGCGGCGACGGGCGCGGGAGGAAGAAACGAAACCUAAGAUUAAGAUAAGGCGCUCUUAUCUUAGGUCCUUUUUUUCAGCGCAACAGAGGAAAGCGCCCUCUUUUUGUCAUCCCUGCAGCUUUCCAGAUUUUGUAUUGAACGCAUGGCGUAGCUAGGACCCUUCCAAUCAUGUUUGGGCCUAUGUUUAAACCCACUCCCUAUUUGACUAAGGAUGGAAAGAAUGCCCGCCAAGUUCAGAUAAGGGAAUGCUUCCCCCAACCAUUAAAAAAUUCCGGCUCGGCCCGGGAAAGCGCUGGGAACAACAGAAAGGAAGGGGUCCAUGUAGCUGCUGCGCCCGCCCCCUUCUUAGUCAAUGGGGCACAGCAGGUUCGGCAUCUACUACAAAAGAGAGAAUCCACUUCAGAUAAGCACGCCUCUGCUAGGCAGCGUGUGGAAUGGCCGAGAGCGGACCUUUUUGGAUAUAUAAUCCAAGUCGAGAGUAGAGUUACAGGAACAGCCGUCUGAUGGAAAACUACUUUCACGUUCGGUUCAGAGAGCACUUUUUUCGUUGAGAAUUCCCCGUUCCCUUUCGUGUGAAUUCCCCAGUUAGAAUUCUAAACUUGUGGGGCCCUAUUUAUUCCAUCUCUCGAGCCCCGAAGAAACCCCCCCUCCCUUCGGACUCCAUAUCUCUUUUGACUCUAUAUAUGUGGGCACCUGAUAUCUAUGAGGGUUCACCCACCCCGGUUACAGCAUUUCUUUCUAUUGCGCCUAAAAUCUCUAUUUCUGCUAAUAUUUCACGUGUUUCUAUUUAUGGUUCUUAUGGGGCUACAUUGCAACAAAUCUUUUUUUUCUGCAGCAUUGCUUCUAUGGUCUUAGGAGCACUGGCCGCCAUGGCCCAAACGAAAGUAAAAAGACUUCUAGCUUAUAGUUCAAUUGGACAUGUAGGUUAUAUUCGUACUGGUUUAUCAUGUGGAACCAUAGAAGGAAUUCAAUCACUACUAAUUGGUAUCUUUAUUUAUGCAUUAAUGACGAUAGAUGCAUUCGCCAUAGUUUUAGCAUUGCGGCAAACCCGUGUCAAAUAUAUAGCUGAUUUGGGCGCUCUAGCCAAAACGAAUCCUAUUUUGGCUAUUACCUUUUCCAUUACUAUGUUCUCAUACGCAGGAAUACCCCCGUUAGCCGGCUUUUGUAGCAAAUUUUAUUUGUUUUUCGCCGCUUUGGGUUGUGGGGCUUACUUCCUAGCCCCAGUGGGAGUAGUGACUAGCGUUAUAGGUCGUUGGGCGGCCGGAAGGUUGCCACGAGUAAGUCAGUUUGGGAGACCGAAGGCAGUUCUCCGUGCACCGGACACGUAGCUUACCGAAUCAGUUGCAACACGGAUGGGAAUGCAUGCUACGAAAGAGAGGGUCGGGUCUGAUCCAUCAACCAUCUACUCAAUAUCCUUGUACGAGUCCACAAUCACUACACGAGAUGAACCUUGGUUUGGUGAAUUGAAGUUGGCCUUAGGUCUAAUAGGACUCUCAGUUACUGCGCGCGAUCGUAUACUGAGGUGCUCCCCGCCGGUUGUUGGAACGACGCGAGCCGGGCCGGGUUUCAAUUCAGAAAGAUGAAGGGCCAAAAAGUAUAAAUGGGGGGUUCCAAAUUCCCCAUCUCAUUGGGGGCGGAAAACGAAUCGACAUCUCGAUGUGAUACAGCCCUUUCUUUUUUAGUUGGGAAAGAACGGCGAAGUCCAUCCGAACCGUCCAAUGAAGAAUAAGAGGAGAGCAAAGCGCCAAUGGCGCGCGAAGCGCAUGCGGAACGGGCACAAAGAAAAAGAAGUGUGGAGGAGAAGCAGCCGAGCUCAUUCCCUUCGCUUCCUGGGCCCAAAGCAGUGCAGUCUUUCCUGGCCAAAUCAAGGAUUGGGGGCUUCUUGCUACGCUACUUAACUAUAAAAAUCCAUUUUAAUUCAUAAUAUAUAUGAAUAGAAAGAUAGAGACAUCCAUCUAUCCUAUCUUUUUUUUUAUUUGGAUAUCUAAAAAAGAAUAGAUUUCAUUCAACCUUUGAUUCAAAGAACUGCGCUUAGCCCCCCCCCGCUCAUGAAAGGGCUCUGAUGCAAUGGAUGGCAGAGGGUCCAUAGUACCCGAAGCACUGGAGUAAUCCAGUAGCCGGGAAGGGGCCUAGAAGUGCUGCCUACUACACCACACUACACUUGGCUCUACACAUUUACAGAGUAACCCCUGUCCAGUGCCCGGCAGAGCUAAGAGGGCUUCAAUCCUUGCUCUUUAUCUCCAUCUUCGCCCAGGCUAACGGGGCCUUACUUAUUCAGGGGGGAGGCUCGAAAAGCACUGUUGAGAGAAAUCUCUUUGUGGCCCCCCUUGAUUCUCUACAGGGUUCCAAACCUUUCUUCAACAUAGGUGACAACGAGCGAGGCAGAGAUGGAAGAGAUCAAACACGGGAAUAAGAAGCAAGCUCGCCUUCUUUUUUGAUCAUUUUUAUAGAGAAGAAAGUGGACAAAACAGACUCGCAUUUCUCAUCAAACAAAUACAAAAAAAGAAGAAUAUUGAAAACGCUUCUAAAACCCAACCCUUUCUGUCGUAGAGCCGUGUAUUGUAAGUGAUCCGAACCUGCUUGGAGCGAGCCCCCCAUAGAGGCAAGUGAAGUUGGUGAGCCGUAUGAUGGGCAACUAUCUCCUGCGGUUCGGAGAGGACUCAGCUGUUAGUUAGUACCCCCUUGGCUUGGUUUCGGGGUGGACCCUUUCACUCUAUUUUAUUAUAUACGCUUAGCGAAAAGAAUGUUUUUUGAUACACCUAGGACAUGGAUUCUAUAUGAACCAAUGGAUCGUGACAAGUCGUUACUACUAGCAAUGACUUCCUCUUUCAUUACUUCAUUCUUUCUAUAUCCCUCUCCUUUGUUCUCAGUUACUCAUCAAAUGGCACUCAGUUUAUAUCUUUAA